UGGACAAAGUAGUUUUUUCCUUUAUUACAAAUGAGUAAUAAAAGGUUCAACGGAGGUCCGGACGGAUUCCUAUGAGCCGCAUGACCGACGGAUCGACAAAAUUCUGAGUCUGAGAUAUGGAGAAACUUAAAUCCUUGGUUCCAGACAGCUUAAAGCGGAUGGUGGCAGAGAGCACACCUGAUAGUCUCCCACUAACAUGUUCUUCUCUCCUCAACUUUUUCUCUGACAUGGAGGUCUUUCACCAAAUGGUUAGAGAUUUGACGGAUCCAGAAAGGGCUCUCUGUGGUAAGAAUAAGGAUGCGGCUUUGGAACUGAAGCAGAAGGGUAAUCAGUGCUUCUUGAACGAAGAUUACGGUUCAGCUCUGACUUGCUAUUCUGAGGCACUACGACUAGCUCCCGUCGAUGUUGAUGACAUGGACAAGAAUCUGGUUGCAGCUUUAUAUGUGAAUCGGGCUUCUGUACUGCAUAAACUAGACCUUUUGAUGGAGGGCCGACGAGACUGCAAUCGAGCCCUUCAGAUUUCUCCAAGCUAUACAAAGGCAUGGUAUAGGAGAGGUAAGAUGAAUGCUUCUCUGGGAAACUUUGAAGAUGCAGUCCAUGACUUGAAUAUAGCUAAGAAUUUGGAGUUAUCAUUCGGUGGACAGAGACAAAUAGAAAGUGAGCUCAGGAUAAUUACAGACAUGUUUGAGAGGACAGAAAGUUCACUCGUACAGCAUAAGGAGAAUGAGUUGGAUCUUUUAGAUGAGCCAGACCAAAUAAAACUGAAGUGUGUCAUCACACCAAAUAAAGGAAGAGGUAUGGUGGCACCAAGUGACAUCCCUCCAGCUUCCUUGGUUCAUGCUGAAGAACCUUAUGCCCUGUUGCAGAUAAUAUCAAAGCAUUGUCGAGAAACUCAUUGCCAUUACUGCUUGAAUGACCUACCACCAGAUAAGGUCUCAUGUACAUCAUGUUCUAUACCUCUGUACUGCUCGCAGAGGUGCCAAAUACGAGCAGGAGGACAAAUGCUCAGGAAUCAUCAAGUGAAACAUGGCAUUCAAGGAAAUAUAUCUCAUAAUCUUGACACAUAUAUUUCAGAGAUUACCCUGGGCAAUGAUUCUGAAUCAGAUGUUGACAUUCCUGAACAUAAGCAUGAAUGUCAAGGUGUACACUGGCCCACAGUAUUUCCUUCUGAGAUAGCUUUGGCUGGACGGGUGCUAAUAAAAUCUUUGGCAGAAAGAAGUCCAGUUGCUAAUUUUGUGGACAUGUUGAACCUUUCUCAAAAUUAUCCACAAAUUCAUCCAGAAAGCAAAUUGGAGUUACAUAUAUACUCCAUUAUAUUGCUAUAUUGCCUUCAACAUUCUUCACGCACUGAACUUUUACUAAAUGGGACUUCUAUAGCACAGAUUGUCAUACUUAUAUCUCAAAUUAGGGUGAAUUCUAUGACAAUUUUUCGUAUGAAAUCAGCUGAUGUUAAUGGUCCACUGCAUCAGUUCGGAAAAUUUUCACACAGCGAGGUUUCUUUAACUAGUAAUGUGGAGCAGGUCAAAGUAGGUCAAGCUAUUUAUAGAGUUGGAAGUUUGUUCAACCAUUCUUGCCAACCAAACAUUAGUGCGUAUUUCGUGUCACGUUCCCUUUUUAUAAGAACAACGGAGUUUGUGGUGGCAGGGUGUCCCCUGGAAUUGUCAUAUGGUCCACAGGUUGGCCAGUGGGACUGUAAAGAUCGUCUAAAGUUUCUAAAAGAUGAGUACUCAUUUAGAUGUGAGUGCAGAGCUUGUGCAGAAGUGAAUCUCUCUGACCUUGUUCUCAACGCUUUUCAUUGUGUCAGUCCAAAUUGUCCCGGCAUAGUGUUGGAUAGCUGUGUAGUCAACUGUGAAAAACAGAAAACUAGGCACGUCCAAAGUGCCACCGGAAUAAGCAGCUUGGAGCCCUAUAUGCAGGUUGAUAUGUUGAAAUGCCUUCCAAGCAAUGGCUCCCUUCGUAUUGAUCCUGGAUAUUGUUUGAAGUGUGAUUCUUAUUGUGAUCUGGAAUCUUCAUUUGCUGCAGUUAAUAGAGCUUGGAUUUCCAUAACAAGGUUGAAGGAUACAAUGGUUUCAGGAGUAUUCUCAAGCACUGUCCUUACGGCUGCACUAAAUUCUCUUUGUCUGCUAAGAUCAACUUUGCAUGCAUAUAACAAGCGCAUUUCUGAAGUAGAGGACAAUCUAGCUGAGGCAUUUUGUUUGGUUGGAGAAUUACAACUGGCCGUGGACCAUUGUAAAGCAUCAAUUGAGAUUUGUGGAAUACCUCCUAAAUUUGUCCAACUAGCCAAAAGUGCCACCAUUGUGGUGGGCACCACCUAAGUUAACUCUAAUAUGCUGAACACCUCAUCCCACAGCACUCCAAAACAUCACAACGCAAUAGAAAAUGAUCCACAGUCUCACCACUCUUCUUGCACGUGUAGCACCAAUCGAUUAUGAUCACCCUGUGUUUUUGCAAAUUAUCCAUUGUCAAGAUCUUACCAGAGAAGCUGUCCAUUCAAAGAAUGUAGCUUUGGGAGGCGCCUUAUUGCGCCAAAUCCACCUCCAUGGAAACUUAAUGUUCUACACCUGUGUGAGAGACUUAUAGAACGAACGAACCGAAAAUGUGCCUUUACCUGUAGGUACCCACCACAUUGUGUCAUUUCCUUGGUUGCUCGAUCUCAAGGAAUACAAAAGCCGAAAAAAGUCCUCAAAACUGCCAACUUCCCAAUCUUGGGCUGCCAUACUUAAGUUAAUGUUCCACUGUAUUUGAUCCCUAGCUAUCACCAUAAAAUCAGCAACUAAAGCUUCUUUCUCACAUGCAAUCAGGAAUAUUGAGGGGAACGAGUUUUUUAGGGCAUUAUUUCCACACCAUAUGUCGCUUCAGAAUUUUAUUCUAGAGUCAUCUCUCAACACGAUUCUAGCAUGACGAGUGAACACCCCCCACCCCCGACUAAUAUGCUUCCAGAUCCCCGG